AUAAUGGAUCAGAAUAAGGAAAAUGAAGACAAUGAAGUUCAAGAGAAAAAGGAAACAGAAAUGUCAAAUCUUAAAGGAGAUUAUGGCAAUGUUAUAAUUCUUUUAUUUCUCUAUAUGCUUCAAGGUAUUCCAUUGGGAAUUUCAAGCGCAGUUCCUAUUCUUCUUCAAAAUCGGGGUGUUUCUUAUGCAGAACAAGCUGGAUUUACAUUUGCAUUCUAUCCAUUUACAAUGAAAAUCUUGUGGGCACCGAUUGUCGAUUCAGUAUAUAUCAAAGCUUUUGGAAGAAGGAAAAGUUGGUUGGUACCAACACAAAUACUUAUAGGAAUUUUCAUGAUUUUUCUGUCACAAAAUGUGAAUGAUUGGCUUGGAGAUGGAAGCACUAAGGGACCUCAAAUGUUUUUAUUAACAGCAGUAUUUUUUGUACUUUGGUUUUUAACUGCUACACAAGAUGUUGCUGUGGAUGGUUGGGCAUUGACAAUGCUUCGACGAGAAAACGUCGGACAUGCUGCUACAUGUAACGCUGUUGGUCAAACAGCUGGUGGAUUCAUUGGCUAUGUUGUAUUCUUAAUAUUGGAAUCAACUGAGUUUUGCAACAAAUAUGUUUUUAGUGAACCUAGAGAUCAAGGAUUAGUGACAUUGUCAGGAUUUCUGAGAUUUUGGGGAGUUGUUUUCCUAGGCACGACGAUUUUAAUUGCAAUCUUCAAACGUGAAAGUUCACAUGCAGAAAGAGAACUUGAGGCAAAUCCAGAUUAUGGAGUGAAGAAAGCUUAUCCCUUAUUAUGGAAAAUCAUGACACUAAAGCCAAUUAUUCGUUUUUCGCUAGUUUUGUUAACUGCCAAAGCAAGUUUUGCUGCUGUUGAUGCGAUAACAACAUUGAAGUUAAUUGACUACGGGAUGCCUAAAGAUAAAAUUGCGUUGCUUUCCAUCCCACUCGUUCCUCUUCAAAUAUUACUUCCAUUCAUCAUCAGUAGAUAUACCACUGGACCUUAUCCGAUGACGUUUUAUAUCAAAGCAUUUCCUUAUCGACUUCUUAUGACGGUAGUCAUAGCAAUUUUUGUCUAUGCAACACCUUCAAUGAUCAGUGGACGACUCAAUGAUAUACCGGUUUAUUAUUAUGUUGCUAUUGUGUCACUUUAUAUGAUUUAUCAGGUCCCACUACGUGCGAUGUAUGUCGCAGAUAUGGCGUUCAUGGCAAGAAUCUCAGAUCCAUUGGUUGGCGGAACAUACAUGACAUUGCUAAACACAAUUAGUAAUCUUGGUGGUCGUUGGGUAAAAACAUUUUUCCUGUGGUUCGUAGACAUCAUAACAUGGAAAUCGUGUAUUUUUGAUGAAGCGAGCUUAAGUAAUUCAACAAUGCUUUUGACUGAUAAUAAAUGCGAGAAUAAAGAUGCUAAAUUAGAAUGCACGAACAAUGGAGGAAAAUGUAGAAUUGAUAUCGACGGUUACUACAUUGAAGUUGCACUCAAUGUUGUGUAUGGAAUCAUUUGGUAUCAGUGGGGAAAACGUGUAUUGCAUCAUCUACAAAAUUUAGAACGCCAUGAAUGGCAUAUCUUAUCAAACCGAAAGAGAACAGAAGACAUCGAUGGUACUCCAAUUGAAGAAAUAAGAAUACCUUUAGGAGUCGGACAAGCAAUUCCAAUGCUUUUACAAAAUAGAGGUGCAUCUUACAAACAACAAGCAGAGUUUUCAUUUGCCUAUUGGCCAUUCUCAAUCAAACUUCUUUGGGCACCAAUAGUAGAUAGUCUUUACAUAAAAGCUAUUGGAAGGAGGAAAAGUUGGAUGGUUCCAACACAAUAUUUAAUUGGAUUCUUUAUGCUUAUUCUGUCAGGACACGUCUCAGAUUGGCUCGGAGAUGGUGGAGAACUUCCAAGAGUGUCAGUCAUCACUUUAAUUUUCUUCUCACUAAAUUUUCUCGCUGCAACACAAGACAUUGCUGUAGAUGGAUGGGCUUUGACAAUGUUGAAAAGAUGCAAUGUUGGUCAUGCAUCGACAUGCAACUCUGUAGGACAAACUGCUGGAUAUUUCUUAGGAUAUAUUGUCUUCAUGGCACUUGAAUCGAAAGAAUUCUGCAACACAUACAUUUUUAGUGAGCCACAAAAUGAAGGACUUGUGAAUUUAUCAGGAUUUCUUUGGUUUUGGGGAAUAACGUUUCUAGUCACAACAACGCUUGUUGGAAUUUUCAAAAGAGAAAAGGAAGAAUCGCAAGAAUACAUUGAAGAACAUCCCGACUAUGAUAUUAAAGAAAGUUAUGGAAUGUUAUGGAAAAUAAUCACAAUGAAACCGGUGAUGAUGUUAGCAGCAGUUCUAUUGACAGUGAAAGUAAGUUUUGCUGCAUGUGAUGCAGUGACAACUUUGAAAUUCAUCGAUCAUGGAAUUCCUAAGGAGAAACUUGCAUUGCUUGCAAUUCCUAUGGUGCCUCUGCAAAUUCUUCUGCCAUUAAUAAUCAGUAAACAUACAACGGGAAAAUAUCCAAUGAACCUUUACAUUAAAGCAAUUCCAUUUCGUCUUUUGUUGACACUUGGUAUUGCAAUGCUUGUGUGGGCUACGCCCCUUAUUCUUAAAGGGAGAACACAUGACAUUCCGCUUUACUAUUAUGGAAUGAUUUUGAUAAUAUUUUCACUUUAUCAAAUCUUUCUUUAUGCCAUGUUUUGUGCUGCUAUGGCGUUCUUUGCUAAAAUUUCUGAUCCACGUGUGGGAGGCACCUACAUGACACUUUUAAAUACUUUAUGUAAUCUGGGUGGAAAUUGGCCUAAUACUUUGUUCCUUUGGCUUGUGGAAAUCAUAACAUGGAAGUCUUGCGUUGAAACAGGAGCUGAUAAUGAUUUUAGUGCUCCCAUGAUGAAUAACAACACUUGCAGCGAUAAAUCAGAGCAAGAAAGUUGCGUGAAAAUUGGCGGCAGCUGCAGAGUCGACAUUGAUGGAUAUUACAUUGAAGUCAUUCUUUGUCUAAUUUAUGGUAUUAUUUGGUAUAAGUGGAGCAAACCGAAAAUCAAUCAUCUACAAAAACUUCCAAUUAAAAAUUGGCAUGUUCAACAUUUGAAAACAAAGACAAGUUAGCAAUUAGUUUAGUUGAAGUUCGGAUUUGGUUUUGGAACAAAACAUUAUUUAAAAUAACACAAAUCACUUUUUUUAUUAGUUAAAGUUAGGAAAUUGCAAUUGUUUGUUAAACUUCAAAACAUUCAAACCUUAUUUGUGAGUCACAUUUCAAUGAAAUGUUAAGAAAAAUAAAAUUUUAGUUUUUUUUAAUUUAUAAUAAG